AUAUCGCCGCGACAAGUUCUUCUUACACAAAAAAGCCGGUUAAGUUCAGGCUCCACGGUCACUAUCACCUUAACCUGGUCAGUUACAACUUAAUAACAAAAUGUAUUACAAAUUUAGUGGCUUCACACAAAGACUGACGGGAGCAGCGUCAUCUACCGCCCAUAGCCCUCAGGGCUUGAGGUCAAAUAUACCUUCUGAAUCCCCCACCAUAAUCUUUGCUACCCCCACUAAAGUUGUAUCUCAGUCAAGUCCUGCGGUAGAGUAUAUGGGUGUCAACAAAGUUCCAGACCUCCAAAGGAUAUUUCAGGCAUCAGAUGAGGUCCCCGUCCAUUUGAAGCGAGUUGUUCCCGACAGACUUCUGUAUAGAACCACUAUGGCUUUGACAGUUGGAGGAGCUCUCUACUGCCUUGUUGCUCUUUAUAUUGCAGCACAACCCAAAAAUAAAUGAACUGUACCCAGCCUCUUACAUAGACUUACAUCAUAAAUUAGGAAAUAUUAAUAUUUGUAAUAUGUAAAUUAUGUAAAUUUUGCAAAGCCUCUCAAUCUGCCUCCGAAAUACGAUCAUGAGCCAAACAGUAGGCUUCACGAGAAGUCGUCAUUGUGAGCGCUGUUACUGUAUCAGCUGUAUUAUGUAAACAGUCACAAAAUUUGUAUUUAUUAGAGUCAAAAAUCUUGAGCUGAAUAAACUCUUUACUGUUAGCACCAGUUAUACCUCAUAAGCACAGGCUGGUUCAAGACAGAUGUAUGCUGCAAUGACAGAUGAUGUGCAGUGCUGUUGUUAGUGCUGUAAAAUAGAAGGUGAGACGUGACACUUUUCUGCAGUGUUGAUUGGUGAUGCUAUGUAAUGUGUUUGUUACGCAUGUGGUGCUUUUAAGUGUACCAUGGUAAAUCUCAAGAAUGGGAUUUAUAGAAUUGAAAAGUGGUUGAACACUUGUUAAUAGUUUGCAGAGCUGGAAGAAAUGUCAAGCAAUAUUAAAGAGAAUCAAGGACACGGGUAAUACGUUUGAACUUAUGCAAAUGUAUGCCACUGUAUGUGAAAUCAUUAUAUAAUGUCAUAUCAUACCAUGUCGUUUAACAGUCUUGGUUAUAUUUUGUGCAUAUAAUGAUUCAUAAAGCUGAUGUGCCUUUUAA